AUGCAGUUCUGCACAUUUGGGCACAUUUUUACGUGGGGCGUGUAUCGCGAUUACUACAUGAACGAAUUCCCAAAACUCCAUUCGCCAAACAAGCUUGCAUUGAUAGAAAGUCUUCAAUUCGCAUUACUCUUCCUCCUGGCGUUCCUAGCGGGUAAAGCAGUCGACGCGAACCAUUUCCAUUGGGUUGUGCUCCCUGGCUCUGCGUUCUUUGGAAUGUCGUGCGGCUUUCCUAUCUCACACGCUUGCAAACAUCAUUCGUUCAUAUGUAUCUAUUACCCCCAGGCUCUUCUUGCUCUCCUUUGUCGAUCCAGAAAGUUUCAUCUGUUCCUAAUACAAGGUGUAGGCAUGGGUCUCGGGCUCGGCAUGAUCUUUUUGCCUACCGCCAUUGUGUGCAAGCACCACUCCAAGAAAUGGAGAGCGUCAUCACGGGGAUCGUACUCAGCGGAGCCUCAGCUGGUGCAAUUGUGUUCCCACUUGGUGAGAUCUUUCCGUCCUUUUGAGCCAUCGAAUGAUUUUUCAAUGCCCUCACCUACAGUGCUAGACAAAUUCCUCCCUACGAAAGGGUUCAGCGGAACAGUGCGCAUAACUGCAUACAUGGUCCUUGCGUGUCUGGUGAUAGGCAACAGCCUCAUGGGAAUGCCGGCCAAACUGUUCAUUCCUAAGCUCCCUGAUGUGAGCCUGUUGAUGUAUUUCAAGGAGCGGUAUUAUGCAUUGGUCAUGGGUGCAACUUUCAUAGCCCUGCUGACGAUGUACUUCCCCGCUUCGUACAUGGAGGACUACGUGGUACUGCAUGAUGUUAACCCACAUCUGGCGUUUUAUGCGUUGGCAAUCACGCACAUCGCCAGUCUGAUGGGGCGCAUAGUGAUGGGUCUACUGGCGGACAAGUAUGGAUCUUUCACCUUGUUGAUUCCCACCACGGUAAUCUUGGCUGCGAGCUUGUGUGUCGUCGUUUCAGUUCAAAGCGUGAAAGCCAUAGUGAUCGUAUCCACAUUCUACGGCUUUUCGUCUGGAGCUUGGCUUUCGCUCCUUAUUUCUGAACUCGCUUCGCUUGCUCUUCGUCCUGCUUAAAUUGGUCUUCGAACUGACUUGUUGCUCUCAGCGGCUAGUCUUGGCUCCUUUCUGGGCCUGUGCAAUUGGGUUUGCUUUCGGCCGAGUUCAUAUGGGCGAGGCCUGUUGAAUUGUUAGGGUUCUUUGCUCUUUGUGACUGCGGGCAUGUUUUGAUACAUCCGACAACUUGUAUCGCUAAAGAAGCGAAAUCGAAUAGUGUGAAUUCA